AUGGUGAGUAGGACGGGACUCUACGCUAGCGUUGUCAAAAAUGAUUUCAAAUAUAAAUAUCUGCAGGUAAGUUGUGGUACACUGUCAUACAAAUAAUAUUAUAUCACUUGAUCUUGAUCUAUUAUUUCACUCAUUUUUGAUCAAAUAGAUAGGUCUAUCUAUAAGCUUAUGUACAGUUUUUGAAGGUACGUAAUAAUUAUUGUAUCAAUAUUAACAACGAACUUAAAUUCAUAUUCGUAUGUAAAAAAAGUUUACCAUAAAAAUUUGCAGCAUUUAGAUACAGCACUAGUCAUUUAAAUGACCGUAAAAAACUGCUAUAUACAUUAUAACGGUUACAUAAAUAAUAUAAAAUAAUAAUAGACUAAAAAACUAUUCACACACUAUAUUUAUAAUAACUCGCAAUUUAAAAUAAUGUAUUGUGAAUGUUAUGAUUAUGACUAAUUAUUUAUUUGUGAUUUUAUUAGGUCUAAUCAAUGUCAAUUAAAAUCAAUUAAACAUUUCACUUAGUUCAAUAAAUUAACACAGUCACCCGCAGUUAUAGACUAUAACUUAAUAGACAUAUAUAACCAAUUUUUAUAUAGUUGAUAAUAAAAAAUGAACCACAAUUUAAGUACCUAAAAAUAAUAUUCUAAACUAAAUUAAUUUUAGCCAAUAUGGGCAAUAUACUUCGAAACUCGAUUCUGGAUUUUAGUAUUCACUGAUUUUUUUUAAUUACUAGAUACUUUGUAUUUAAAUUUAAAAAAAAAACGAAAACUUUGUAUUAAUAAUAACCUACAACAAUUAAGUAUCUAAAUUGCCUAAACAGAACGCCAGUUAUAUGGCAUAUUUGUGUGAUUUUAUAACUACUGUUGUGAGAAUAUUGUAAUGUAAAAUGUUUUUUAAUUAAAACUUGUAUACAUAACAUCAUGUUAUUAUUUUACUAUGGACGCCUUUUUUUUUCCAAACGAAAUAAUAUGAAAGACACAAAUACAUAAUACAUUAAUUUUAUUAAUCAUUCUUUUUUUUUUGAAAAGUAUUUUAAAUAAAACCGUUAAAACCUUUUUUAUACAUUUUUCACAAUUAUAUCGCCCAAAGGAUUUUUCGUGUAAAAAAGGAAAUCUUUAUGUGCUUAGAAGGAUGAUGAAUCGACACGAAUUCCCGGUGGCGUCUCAUGCAAUCCUGCACCAGUCGUUCUCAAACCGCUGGCAUCAUUGUACAAUCCGUAUCCGUACGGAUGUUCCGUGCUAUGUAACCAUCCCUUAGACAACGAAAUCAAAGAUCUCGUAAAAAAAGCUAAAGACGCUCUAGUGAGUCAACAUAAGCCGUUCGUUUGAUUUCUAACUGUGAAUAUUUAAUUAGUUAUAUAAUACUUUUUUAUUUUUUUUCCCCGCAGGCAUUAGACUCUAAGUCACCGCAUAGCUAUCCAAAUGUAGACGAAAUCAAUAUUAUUGUACCGGAAGAACUGUUCAGAAAGUACACAGAAACAGAUUCUAGAGCUACCAGUCCUAUGCCUAUGGUCGUACCAAAAAAAACGACAACCGGCGAUGAGACAACUGCAGAUAAAUCUCGACUCGUGUUGGAUCUUGGUCGGUGUAGAAGUCAACAAUCGUCAAUUAAAUUCUCGGUUAGACCCGACAUUAUAUGCCCGAUAAUACUAUACAUAUAAGGCCUUAAUUAUUUGGGAGAGGCAAUGAAGGAAAUUGCCGCGGGCGUCAUAUUUCAAAGCCUUUUUAUGUUCCGAAGAUGCGAAUUUAUCGUAAAUACUAAGUAUUUAAUCUUUUUUUUUGUUUACACAUCACUGUGAAUGGGCGCUAAAUCACAGUGCCCCGGAUCACCAAAAGUGCAAAUAUGUUUUUAUAUACCUACAAAUACAAAUUGUUGACAAUGCGAUAUGGUAUAUUUUUUUACAUUCGAAAUGGUUAACAGUUUAAAAAUAACUAGAAAUCGUUUUCUUUUUAGAGUAUAAUAAAUAAGUACAUAUUAUAAAGUUUAAUAAAGUUUUUUACUUCAUCAUUUUUAAUAUUACAUUUUCUUGCAUUGGUAAAUUACCGAUAUUUUCAAACAUUUCAAAUUUAUGAAACCAAAUAGUCUACUGAAACGAAUUCUAUUUUAAUUUGUUUUAAAUUACCAUAUAGGUUGUACGAUUUUGAAUAAUUGUCUCUUAUCGCAAUAAUAUUAUAUUUGGAUUCAUAUAAAUACAAUACCGUAUUCCUACUGAAUAAUAUAAAUGUCGUAGAACGGUCAUCAUUGAUAACUUCCACGAAAUUUGAUAAUGUAGUUCAUACUUGAACUACUACAUUAAGGUCCUUUGUCUUUUUUUUUAGGGAGUUAUGGGUCAAGACUUCUGCGAAGCGCUGUCUCUGUGCCACGGUUCUGUACUACACACACCGCAGUUUUCUCGGCCUUAUUAUACGACUGAUAUUUCUAGACGAAAACCCGGAGGUAAAAAAGAAGUAUUUAAAAGACGCUCUAGACGCAAAAUCACUAUUACGGAAAAACAAGCAGACAAUAUUGCCGAUAAUUUGGUAAGUCAUCCGUAAUAAAUAACCUAAUACAAUGUAAUCAACCAAAAUUUGGUGAUUAGGUAAUGUCUUAUUAUGUUAUAAUAUUUUUUACAGCUUCAUUUAGAUUUGCCCGGUACUUAUGAUUCCCAAAAAAAUAUGGAAGAAACCAAAGAAGUCACUUGGAGAAGAGGAAAACCGAUAAAACUGGGGAAAAAGAGUAAAAAGAAAUCAGAAAAAAAGAAAUUGAGGCAACAUAACAAAGAUUAUAAAGGCUUCGAUGAACCAUUGGAAACUCAAGUUGAACUCUUCUAUUAUUAGAAAACCUAUAAUGCAAUUUUCCAUUUUUUUAUUUAUUAAUAGAUAUCUACAAUGAACCCUAAUUCUUUGAAUGGCAGUAUAAUAGCAGAAAACGAUUCACACGUGAUUGAAGAACAAACUGAUAAAGAACCAAUAGUAACUUCGUUUAUACAUUUGGAUAUUUUGAAAGAACUUCAAAGAGAAUUACACUUACUUGACGUUGAAAAUGAAUUCGAUGUGAAGGUUAAAUUAAAUUUCAAUAUUUAAUUUUUAAUUUUGAUAUUUAUAAAAAUACUUUAAGUUAUAAAACAACUAAAACACGAGAAAACAAUUUUUAAAAUGUAUUAAAAUAAAACAUAAUAAGUAUGAAUUUUGUUUGAAAUUUGUUAAACUAUAUAAUAUUUAAAUUAUUAAAAAUAUUUUAAUCAAAUUUAUUGGUAAAAAUGAAUGUAGGAGUAUUCAUUUUAAAAGUUAUUACAUAAUAAAAUAUCUAUAUCUAUAAUGUUUUUGAGAGUGAAAAUUAUAUACCUAAAUCACCCAAUAUGAAGUGUCUUCACUUAUAGAGGUCUCGUUAAAAGUCUUAUUUUAAAUUGCAUAUUUUACAUAUUAUAGUCUGUAUAAUUAAAUCUAUUAUACAUUAACAACUCUUCAAUUUUAACUGUGUGUACUAAUAUGUAAAAUUAAAACACAGUUUAUCGAAUGAUUUUUAUUUUGAGCAGAAACAUAUAGCAUUACAAGAAGCGUAUAAAAUGAAACCAAUAUUGAUUAAUCAAGAAGUGAAUAAUGAGUUGGAGGCCUUAAAGCGAAAAUUGGGAAUGGCUACUGAAGUGACUUUACAGGGUUUGCCGAGAACAUUUUCCAGAAAGAACAUAAGAUUCGAAUUACCAUUGGAUAGAAAAAGUUUAAAAGGUUAAUCAAAUUAUUUGAGUUGAACUAUACUAAAGAAAUUGCCUGAAAAUAUUCAGGUGUAUGCAUACAUAAAUAAGUAACUAACCUUGUUUGUAUCUGACGACUGCAGAUAGUAAGACAAGGUAACUUUUCCACUCUUCAAUAUUUCUAUUUGUCUGGAUGGAUAUAAUAAUAUAAUCUCAGUAACAAAUCGUAAAAUCGUACAGUUCAAAAUUUCGAAGUUAACUUUAAAAUAUCUUUUAAAAACGAGAAUAAAUAUACGGAGAGACAUAAUAAUGUUCUAUGUAUAUUACAGACAUGACGCCUUUGGAUUACUUAAGAAACAAUACAAGUAUUAUUGGGAGCUGUCAAGUUAUUUACUCGAGAGUGUUCGAAAAGUAUAUAGACUCGGAGACUAGAACUAUUCGAGAAAAUGUAAAAUAUUUACCACAUAUAAAUAAUGUUAAUGAUAUUACGUUCUAAUCGAAGCAUUUAUCAAUAUUUUAUAGAAACUCAUGCUCGCGUUGGGUGAAGUUAUGGGUAGACAAUUCUCCAGCCAAGAAACUGCAGAAUUUCGACAAAUUAUUGAUUGGUCGGACGAUCAAAUCUUGACCUACCGCGAAUGGUGCGGCUUGUGCGGUGCAGCAGAACGCCUCAUAGGUAAAAUAUGUAAAUAUAUUGAAUUUUCCUGAAUAUUUUUAAUUUUUAACAUUUAACUGAAUUAAUAAAUUGAAUAGUAAAAAUUUCAAAAUGGCUAAAUGACUUUCCAACAUCUAUUAAAAAAUUGUAAGUUUAAAUUGUGUUUGUUGUAAAAAUGAAUGUUUGCCUCUUGAAAAAUUAAUUUUUAUAUUUAGAUAUUUGAAAUGUAUACAAAUUUAUAUGUAAAGUAAUUUAAAUUAUAGGCCAAAGAAAAAUGUUCUAAUAAAAUUUUAAUAAUUAAUACGAAAUUAAUAUACUCAAAUAAUGUUAAAAACUUAAAUAGUUUUUAAAAACAAAACUAUUCUUUCAUUUCUAAUAUAAAAUGAUAUAUGUGUUUAAUAAAAAAUCGUUUGUUAGAAUAAUUGGUUAAAGACUACAACUAACGAUCAUACGUAGUUGAUAAUUUUCAAAAUAUUCAAAACCGUUUGGAUGUAAGUGUAACUCACCACUAGAAUAAAUUUAAAAACUAUCGUUUCUUGAUUUGUUAGUGUGCCAUAGUAAUGAAUAGGUACAUACAUUUUUAAUUUAUAUGAAACUUUUAAUUGUACCUGUCCAUAACAGGAUUUUAUUAAUCGACAUGGCUUUCAGUGGAAAACAUAGGAGAAAAGGGGUUGAACCCCUAAAAAUAUAAAGUGUUAUAUAUAAUUAAAGGACGUCUUACAGAUUUAAUGUGUUCACAUAAGAACAUAUUCAGACGACAUGAUCUGAUUUUGGAUUUUUAAUUUUUCAGCACAUUUCCCCUACAUUCUAUCCUGGUAUUAUUAAUAUAAUAAUUAUGUUUAAAUAUGAACAGCCCACCACGUUAAUAAUAUAUUUUGUAAUAAAAAUGUUAAUUUUCAUCAAACUAAGAGGCAAAAUAUAGGUAAAUUAUUCAAAAUCUCGGAAGUCGUCGAUAAGAAAUUGUGCCCCACUCUUUUUGUACAGUGUCCAGUAUUAUCACUUAAAGUAGCCAAUACCUAGGUAUUUGAUAAUAAUAAUUUUGUUCAUAUUAACAUAACUUAAACAAAUAUUAAAUCGAUAAAAUGAUUUGAGAAAUCAAUAAUUUUACAGGACAUAAUUUUGUUCCGAAACAAUUGAACAAAAACCAAGAUCCCUGCAACGAAGUAGAAAGCGCCGAUUUUGCGUUAUUGGACCGAUGGCUUCAAGAUUUGCCACCCACCAACAUCCUAUACAAAUUAUUAGUUCUUAUUAAAAACACAUAA